UUUCGAGAAUCUAUUCCGCAAUUGUAAAUAGCCUUUCUUAGGCGGAUGUUAACGUGCUAAAAAAAAAACGGAACAUUAAUUUCCAUCAUAACCACCAACGACUUGAAUAUCACGGCAUGACAAUUGCAGAACCAAAAAAGACAAAACUAUUGAGGACUGUCUUCCUAGCUUGCUAAAGAUAGGAUACCAUUCAGUACAGUAUAAUUCUGGUGCUACACCGUCUGUCGAUUCUUGCAAUGGGUAACUGUUUGGGCACCAGAAAGUCCAAACUUUUCAAAACUCAUGACGAUCAAUGCACAACACUGGAUGAUACUUCCACCAUUGUUGCAACGACAACAUCACAGCCGCUUGAGCAAAGUUUUCCUCUGCUGCCUCAAAUCACAAAUCAAUCAAUGUAUGAGACAUUAAAUACCAAAGCAAAGAUUUUUGUGGCAUUGCAUGACUAUACCGCACUUACCAUCGAUGAUUUAAGCUUUGCCAAAGGAGAACAUUUGGAAAUUCUGAACGAUACACAGGGCGAUUGGUGGAUGGCGCGAAGUAAAAGGACCCGCCAAGAAGGUUUUAUACCCUCAAACUAUGUGGCCAAACUGAAAUCUGUCGAAGCUGAACCAUGGUAUUUCGGUAAGAUCAAGCGCAUUGAGGCUGAAAAGCAAUUACUGCUGCCAGAAAACGAACAUGGGGCAUUUUUAAUAAGAGACUCUGAGAGUCACCCCAACAGCUAUUCGCUGUCAGUGCGAGAUGGUCACACAGUGCAACACUAUCGCAUCGGUCAACUGGAAGAUGGUCAUUUCUAUAUUGACACAGAUACAACAUUUAUCACAAUUCAAGAACUUGUCGCUCAUUAUUUCCUGUAUGCUGAUGGACUGUGUGUCAGGCUUUGCAAACCAUGCGUACAGUUUGGAAAACCUAUCAUCGAAGGACUGUCUCAUAGAACUCGAGACCAGUGGGAAAUUGAUAGAACAUCGUUGAGAUUCCUACGAAAAUUAGGCACCGGGCAGUUUGGUCAGGUGUGGGAGGGUUUGUGGAACUAUAACACGCCUGUGGCCAUAAAGAAGCUCAAACCGGGCACCAUGAAUGCGAAAAGCUUUUUAAGUGAAGCUCAAACAAUGAAGAAACUCUGCCACCCUAACCUGAUACAAUUGUAUGCUGUGUGUACGGUGGAGGAGCCCAUUUACAUUAUAACCGAACUAAUGAAGCAUGGCUCUUUGCUGGACUACCUGCGCUCUACUGCAAAUAAAUGGCGCAGCAUUAGGAUGCGGGUGCUAGUUGACAUGGCAGCUCAAAUUGCUGCUGGCAUGGCCUAUUUGGAAUCGCAGAACUACAUCCACCGAGACUUGGCAGCCCGCAAUGUUCUGGUGGGCGACAACGACAUAGUUAAAAUUGCGGAUUUUGGUCUGGCUAGACUUAUAAAGGAAAAUGAAACUCAAGCAGAUGAUUGCGGCAGAUUCCCCGUAAAAUGGACUGCCCCUGAAGCAGCAAUUGACAGUAAAUUUUCCAUAAAAUCGGAUGUUUGGAGUUUUGGUAUUUUGCUUACAGAACUGGUUACCUAUGGCCAUAUACCAUAUCCUGGCAUGACAAAUGCCGAGGUGCUGAGUCGUAUUAAACAGGGUUACCGCAUGGAAAAGCCCUCAAAUUGCGAUCAACAACUCUACGAGAUCAUGCUGGAAUGUUGGCAUAGAGAGCCAAUGCGACGACCUACAUUUGAGACCCUUCAAUGGAAGCUAGAAGAUUUCAAGACAACGGAUCAGGGAAAUGACCGCUAUAUCGCCAUUCCGAACACACUAAAAUAUAAAAACAUAAAAGAAGUUACCUACUCCCCAGCACCCAAGUCGAACAAAACGAAUUAUUUUGUCUUUGAAUGAGACCAACCAACACUGACUGACAUUUGCGGGCAUUUACAUU